AUGCCGAAGGGAGGGGUCGAUGUCAGCAGUGAACCUUUCGGCACCCCGUUGUACGACGCUGUUUUCAAGGGUUAUUUGGAAGUCGGCGAGAUUCUACUUGAUGCUGGUGCAGACAUGAAGUUCAAGUGGGAAGGACAAACUCAUCUUGAGGCGGCACAGGAGAUGGGACAUACGGAAAUCGUGAAGUUGCUUAUGAAAUAUCAAAAGAAGGUGGAAGGGAUUGAAGAAAUGCUUGAUGAUGAGGCACCAGGACAGCGCUUGACUCCAUCCCAGACUGAGAAUUGUAGACAUCUUUUGUGA